ACACACUGCGCAUGCGCCACGCCGAUGCGAAAGUGGCCUCCAUUUCCGGAAGUUAGGGCCAGCCAAACGGCGCGUUGUGGAGGCGCGGGCGAAACCCUCUCCCGCCCCAAAAUGACGUCAACACACUGCGCGUGCGCCGUAGCUGCGAAAACAAAGAGCCAUUUUCAAAAGCCGGGCUGUCAAAGUAAAGCGUCACCGGAAGUGUGGCCAAACAACUUGUUGUGAGGCGUAACAAGCGGAAGUGUGGCCAAACAAAUAUGUUCAAUAUUGCCUUUGGCAAUGUUGAGACAUGUCGAGAGCUGUUGUUAACAUGUUAGUUACGUUAUUUGGCUGCACGAGCGGGUCCAAAUGAAGUUUAACACCAACUCCUACACCAUUGACACAUUCAUUCUGCGUAAGGUCAAUUCGGGCUUUGUCCGUCAAGUGGACUUUGGUUCCCGUUUAGGACAGAAAGGCAAAUGCUUGUUGACGUGUCCCCCUUAAAAGGAGGCGGGGGCGUGGCGUGCGCGGCUCCGCCCAUCAAGCAAAGUCUAACUCGACGUUCGUUCAGCAGCGAGGCGGCACCGCCGAAGAGAACUUUCGCCUGUCAAAAGUCCACAAGAAGAAGGCACCGAGAGUGCCGUCCCAAGUCCAACGGUCAGGGGCGCACGUCGCACUUCCGCGACCGCGUGAGGCUUCUUCGUCCCACCGCGCGCGAGGGAGGCCGGGGAGCGACGACCGCCGCACUCAUGUCCGAACAGCCGAGCUCCGUGAAGCCCUUCCGCGGCAGGACGCGCCGCCUGCCCGCCGCCGCCGCCGCCGCCGCUCCCCCUGCGGGCAAAGCCAAGCUGACGCACCCCGGCAAGGCCAUCCUGGCAGGCGGCAUCGCGGGCGGCAUCGAGAUCUGCAUCACCUUCCCCACCGAGUACGUCAAGACUCAACUGCAGCUGGACGAGAAGGCCGACCCGCCCAAGUACAGAGGCGUCGGCGACUGCGUGAAGCAGACGGUCCGCGGCCACGGCGUCGGGGGUCUUUAUCGCGGUCUCAGCUCGCUGCUCUACGGGUCCAUUCCCAAAGCGGCCGUCAGAUUCGGCGUGUUCGAGUUCCUUAGCAACAAGAUGCGCGACGACAGCGGCAAGCUGGACAGCAAGCGCGGCUUCCUGUGCGGCCUGGGCGCCGGCGUGGCCGAAGCCGUGGCGGUCGUGUGUCCCAUGGAGACGGUCAAGGUCAAAUUCAUCCACGAUCAGACGUCGGCCAGCCCCAAGUACAAAGGAUUCUUUCACGGCGUCCGGGAGAUCAUCAGAACUCAAGGGCUGAGAGGAACGUACCAAGGUUUGACGGCCACCGUGCUCAAACAAGGCUCCAACCAGGCCAUCCGCUUCUACGUCAUGACCUCGCUCAGGAACUGGUACAAAGGCGACAACCCAAACAAAGCCAUUAACCCGUUGAUAACGGGAACGUUCGGCGCGGUCGCCGGAGCGGCCAGCGUCUUCGGAAACACGCCGCUGGACGUCAUCAAAACCCGAAUGCAGGGUCUGGAAGCGCACAAGUACAAAGGCACCGUGGACUGCGCCAUCAAGAUCAUGAAGCACGAGGGUGCCAGGGCGUUCUACAAAGGCACCGUGCCUCGUCUGGGUCGGGUGUGCUUGGACGUGGCCAUCGUCUUCAUCAUCUACGAGGAGGUGGUGAAGGCCCUCAACGUGGUUUGGAAGACAGACUGACUCCGGACCCGCUUGACAGUCCCAAACCGGUUUCCUCCCGUUCCCACUUUUUCUUCCGUCUACCUCGGAGUUAUUAACGCAGGCGCGCAAAUGCAAAGUGAUGGUUGGGUUUGUGAUUUACGCAGUAUUGUCAGGAAAGGGGCUGUGAAAUGUGGAAGCGACUCGGGCAGGGAGGGCAAGCAUUUGAACGGCAACGGCUCUCUUUUAAUGAGAGAAAAGAAUGGGACACAUUUAAUGACCAAGAAAUGAAACUUGAAGAUUUUAAAGCCUUCUUAUGUAUGCAAUGACGUAGACUUUCUUUACAAAUGAGAUGUUAUGGGGAAACAAUUCUGCCUCGAAGUGCCUACUUGCUGUCAUUGGAGGUUUAUCUGACGUAUAUGAUUGUAUUAAGUGUAAUCUGAUUAUGAUUAUUUUGGUUGCCUUUCAAGAAUGAUUUUACAAAAUGAAAUCCCACUAACAGUGCCUUCUACGUCCUUCCACAGAAGUUGGGUGCUUUUUAAAGUUUCUAUCAGAUGAAGUGUAUGCUAUUCGUUGCCUUGCUCAUUCUUGAUGUGCCGUGUGCCAUAUCAGAGUUUGCGGGGGUCUACUUGCUCGUUAAGGUGUUUACGUGACGAGCUCAGCGCCGGCCUGGCUUUCAUAUACGGGUGGGCCUUAUACCACGACUUGUAUGUUCCAAUGACACAGGUUCUCAAACUUUUUGGGUUCAAGGAAAGCAAUUUCCUCAACAUAAAUGCCACGUGUGCCCUGAAAUGCUGUAGGACGUAGAAGAUGGCUACGGUCGAGAAAUGAGUCCAAAUAUUACGAUAAAUUCAUAUUUGAUUGAGGGGGGGGGUGAUCAUUUUUUUAAUUCUUUUUUUUUUUAAUGAAAACUCUUUACAAGAUCUUUUUUUUUUCAGGAUAAAAAUUCCUAAUUUCGAGAAUUCAUUUGUAUUUACCAAGAAAGUUGUCGUGUAGCGGUGCCUUGAGCUAUAGAUGCGCAAAUAGACAAAAUCCAUCAGAAGAAUGAUUGACGCUCCUUAUAAUUGGCAUGGGGGGAAAAAAUGCAAAUAAGUAAUGGAUCGGGUAGGGUAAAGCGAAUGCGAAGAAGCGUCGGUUUCCGCGGCUGAGGGGGGCGAGGUUCGACUGCCGCCGGGAUCCGCUGCAUCGCAAAUCAUCUUUGCUCAUUCAAAUGAAUGAGGGAUGCAAUUCAUCUCUUCCACCCCCAAAAAAAAAACAAAAAAAAAAGAGUUUUGAACAUGUUUUUUUUUUUUUUUUUUUCCUCAUGAGAACAAUUCAAUUAUUCUCAUUGAGCCUUUAUAUCACAGGUGUCAAACUGGCGGCCCGGGGGCCAGAUCCGGCCCGCAACAUCAUUUUAUGUGGCCGGCGAGAGUAAAUCAUGCGCGUCGACUUGACGUUUCUUGUGAAAAUACCAAAAUUGGUGUCUCUACUUGGAUAACGUUGAGAUAUUGCAAGCAUUUUAUGUUACCAAUCACCUUUUUCAAAUAAAUGUAAUAAUAGUUUACAUUUUGUUUUUAUUGGCUUCUGAUUUGAAAACUAGUUAUCCAUCAAUUUGUUGUGUAUAUGUCAUUAUAUGAGACAAUAUUUUAUAUGGGUUCACAGUCGCAACGGCGCUCCGAGGGAAGCCACAACUAAAAUGUGGCCCGUGACACAUUUAGUCAGCGUGUUGCUAUUUCUUAUUGGGCGGUUGUGGAGCCGGUCGUCCAGUGACCGAGGGGUGGGCGGUUGAAAUCCCGGCUCCCGGGAUGCCCACGGGCAAGAUCCUUAAGCCGAAAUUGCUCCGAGUGGGCCUGGCAGCAGAUGUGUGCGAAUGGCUGAACGCGAGCCUCUGGAAAGCACGUUGGCUUUAUACAGUGAGAUGUCAAUGACUUAGGCAAUGCUAGUCGGCUGGAAGAGAUUUCGUUUUAUUGUACUUUUAUUGGGGCGCCAGUCCCCAUACGUAGAUGUGCACUUUUUUGGACAACUACAUAACAAUUGAUGGUAAACGAUCUUGCGGACCCCAGUUUGAGAACCUCUGUCAUAACAGAUAUUGUUUAUCCGUGUGCCUUCAGUGUUUGUCAGCGGCUAAAGUGUGAACGCUCACACAUAAUAAAAAUUCGGCUCUUGACUGGAAAAGUU